AUGGAAAAAUCCAAAAAUUUCCGCAUCGAUGCGCUGCUGGCCGUGGACCCCCCGCGAUCAGCCUCGGCGCAGACCGCGCCGCUGGCCCUGGUCACGUCGCUCGCGGCCGCCGCGUCCGGCCCAGGAGGCGGCGGCGGCGGCGGGGCGAGCGGCGGGGCGAGCGGCGGCUGCAGCCCCGCGUCCUCGGAGCCGCCCGCGGCGCCCGCCGACCGUCUGCACGCAGAGAGCCCCUCGCCGCCGCGCCUGCUGGCCGCGCACUGCGCGCUGCUGCCCAAGCCCGGCUUCCUGGGCGCGGGCGGCGCGGGCGGCGCGGGCGGAGGCGCGGGCGGCGCGGGGGGCCUGGCGCUGGGGCUGCACCCCGGGGGCGCGCAGGGCGGCGCGGGGCUCCCCGCGCAGGCGGCGCUCUACGGCCACCCGGUCUACGGCUACUCGGCGGCGGCAGCGGCGGCCGCGCUGGCCGGCCAGCACCCGGCGCUGUCCUACUCCUACCCGCAGGUGCAGGGCGCGCACGCUGCGCACCCCGCCGACCCCAUCAAGCUGGGCGCCGGCACCUUCCAGCUGGACCAGUGGCUGCGUGCGUCCACCGCGGGCAUGAUCCUGCCCAAGAUGCCCGACUUUAACUCCCAGGCACAGUCCAGCCUGCUGGGGAAGUGCCGCAGGCCGCGCACGGCCUUCACAAGCCAGCAGCUGCUCGAGCUGGAGCACCAGUUCAAGCUCAACAAGUACCUGUCACGGCCCAAGCGCUUCGAGGUGGCCACGUCGCUGAUGCUCACGGAGACCCAGGUGAAGAUCUGGUUCCAGAACCGGCGCAUGAAGUGGAAACGCAGCAAAAAGGCCAAGGAGCAGGCGGCGCAGGAGGCCGAGAAGCAGAAGGGGGGCGGGGGCGCCAACAAAGGUGGCGGCGCAGAGGACAAGGGAGAGGAGGAGCUGCUGGGGCCGCCGGCGGUCGGGGACAAAGGCAGCACACGCCGCCUGCGGGACUUGAGGGACAGUGACCCCGAGGAUGAUGAGGACGACGAGGACGAGGACCACUUCCCCUACAGCAACGGCGCCAGCACGCAUGCCGUCUCCUCCGACUGCUCCUCCGAGGCUGACUCGCCGCCUCCGCGGCCGGGCGGCCCGGGGCACCAGCCCCUGCCCCAGUAG